AUGGGUUGUUUCUUGUGUUCUGGAAAAUCAAAGAAGAAAGCAAAGCAACAACAGAACAACACGUCUAUUGAUCAGAUCCCAUCAAAAGAAAAAUUGAAGUUGAACCUGUCACUUGAUGUGAAAUCGGAAGCUUCUAAAGAUGGAGGAUCUGAUCAUAUUGCUGCGCACACAUUUACAUUUCGUGAAUUAGCGACUGCAACCAAGAACUUUAGGGCAGAUUGUCUCUUAGGUGAAGGAGGAUUUGGUAGAGUUUACAAAGGACGACUAGAGAGUACUAAUCAGAUUGUGGCUAUCAAGCAACUUGAUAGAAAUGGUUUGCAAGGGAAUAGAGAAUUUCUUGUUGAAGUUUUGAUGCUAAGCCUACUUCAUCAUCCAAACUUAGUCAACUUGAUUGGAUACUGUGCUGAUGGAGAUCAGAGACUUUUGGUGUACGAAUAUAUGCCAUUAGGAUCAUUGGAAGAUCAUCUACACGAUCUUCCGCCUGAUAAGAAGCAUCUUGACUGGAAUAUGAGAAUGAAAAUAGCAGCUGGCGCUGCAAAGGGCUUGGAGUAUUUACAUGAUAAAGCAAAUCCGCCCGUUAUAUAUCGAGAUCUGAAAUGCUCAAACAUUUUACUAGACAAAGCAUAUCACCCCAAACUAUCUGAUUUUGGGUUAGCCAAAUUGGGUCCUGUUGGGGACAAUACUCAUGUAUCCACAAGAGUAAUGGGAACAUAUGGAUAUUGUGCACCUGAAUAUGCAAUGACAGGACAACUUACGUUGAAAUCAGAUGUAUAUAGUUUUGGAGUUGUUCUUAUGGAGAUCAUCACCGGAAGGAAGGCAAUUGAUAAUUCAAAAGCUGCUGAGGAGCACAAUCUGGUUGCAUGGGCUCGGCCCUUGUUCAGGGAUCGUAGGAAGUUCUCUCAAAUGGCAGAUCCAAUGCUUCAAGGUCAGUACCCGACUCGGGGAUUAUACCAGGCUCUUGCUGUUGCUGCAAUGUGUGUUCAGGAGCAGCCAAACAUGCGGCCCCUUAUAGCGGACGUAGUUACGGCGCUAACUUAUCUUGCAUCCCAGAAAUAUGACCCUGAAACCAUGCCAGUGCAAAGGCCAAGCUCAACCUCUUCGACUCCAAGAAUGCGAAGGUGA